AUGGGGAACUACCGAAGGGCACAUCAUGCAGGAUCUUGGUAUUCCAGCAAUUGCACUGAAUUGAAGAAUUCAAUAGAUACCCUUUUCAAGAGAAUAAACUUCAAAAAGCAAAACAUUAAAGCGGCCAUUUGCCCGCAUGCAGGAUAUGAUUAUGCACUCCAAACAAAUUCCCAUGUCUAUGCUUGUAUCAGCGUGGAGAAUAUAAAGAACAUCUUCAUUCUAGGCCCGAACCACCACAUUUACAACAAAGGGUGUCUAUUCCCCAGAGUAGAAAAAUACGAGACACCAUUCGGCUUCUUAGAAAUAAAUGAGGAAGUCAUCUCAGACAUUAUGCAAAAUGGCACUAAGAACUUAUUCGGAUUUAUUGGAGAUGUAGACGACGAAGAAGAACAUUCCAUAGAAAUGCAAUUGCCACUGAUCAAAUAUUUAAUUAAGGAAAAGAACAUAAAAAUAAUACCCAUCUAUGUGGGAUGCAUCGGAAAUGACAUUAAAAAAAUUGAACUUUUUUGUAAACCAUUAAAAAAGUAUUUUCAAGAUGAAGGAAAUUUGUUCUUGUUUUCCUCUGAUUUUUGCCACUAUGGACCAAGAUUUAGUUUUACCAACAUUCUGCAAAAAUACAACGACACACAUAUCUACAAGCAGGUUGAGAACAUGGAUAGAGAUGCUGCUGAAAUAAUCAGUAGACAUGAUAUAACAGACUUUAUUGAUUACCUAAGCAAAACACACAACACGAUAUGUGGCUCAAAUCCGAUAAAAAUUAUGCUUCAAUUGCUUCAAGAAUUUUCAGGAAAUGUGUCUACCAAGUUGAUGCACUAUUCUCAGUCCAACAGAGCAAAAAGCACGAAUGACUCAUCUGUCUCCUACGCUGGAAUAGUUUCGUUUAUUGAUUAA